AUGACACUCGACACAGAAAAGCACCCGUUGCUCCACGCGUCCGCAGGCUCAUCGCCUGCGCUGACUCCCAAGCACCAGUCGCCCAAGGGCCUCCACGAAGCCACCUCCCUCAACAACUCGCCCACCAAGCCAUUGAACUUCCCGCGGUUUCCCGCAAAAAACCAGCCAGAAAGCGCUAAAGAGUGCAAUUCCAGCUCCGACACAUACAUCAGCGACGAGUCGCCCGAGCACAAGUCGGUCAAGUCCUCGGAGCUCGACAAAGAUACCCUUGAUUUCAGCUCGUUGGAACGAAACUUUAACAUCGACCCCCUCGGCGCCCAGGCCACCAUCGGUGCCGCUGGCAUGUCACACGCAAAGCCCAGCGAGGAUGAGUUUUCCUUCGCCACGCCCUUGACCUCCACAACCGACUUGAGCAACCCCAACCCCGCCUCCGACAAAACGGUGUCCAAAUACAUUAAUACCUCUCCCAGCAAGUCCAUCAUGAAGAAAACCCCCGCAGCUUCGCCCAAGAAAAACGUGGUGUUCACCAACUCUAAUCCAGAAAUACAUCACUACAAGGAUACCUCCCCCGAUACCUCCCACCCUGACUCAGACAAGUUGGACCCAACCACCCCCGAAAAAUCCGCUGCAAUCUCCCACGAUUGGAAUGAGUUGUCCACAAAAUCUCCAUUCUCGGAUGAUGACGGCUCGUUGCCGCCUCCCCCACCUCCACACUCCUCAAACUCAUUCCAGGACUUGUUGAGAAACGUUGGCAGCGAAAAGAAGGACCACGAGGACUUGGACUUAUCCACCUUGACUGAUUUGAAGUUGAAGCACAGUAGUUACAGCAACUUGUCGUUGAACGAGAAAUUGGAUUUGUUCCUCACCAAUAAUACCAAUCACCAAAUCCCACGGUUGAAUGGAUCCAAGUCUUUUGCCGAAUUAGACGCUCAGCUUAGUAGCUUGAACGAUGCAACCAAGUACAAAACAGACUCAAAUAUCCACUAUUUAUCGUUGUCUUUGCAGAAUCCUAAAUCAGACAUCGAGAAUCCUUUGGAAUCAUUGGUCCAAUCUUCCGAGGUCCAAUUGAGAUCUUCGGGCUCUUCACAGUCUUCCUUACAGUCAUUGAAGGACACCAACCGUACCUUGGAGUCAAUCCACGACUCAGUAUCUAAUAAAGGAAUCGAAUUGAACGAUGGAAUUAAGGGCUUUUCCGACACAGUUGCUGAGCUGAUUAUUCCUUUGACUAACGACAAAACCAAGGCUCCCGAAUCUCCUAGAGUUAAGAGAUCGGGCUCGGCUAAUAGAAUUCAGGAUUUGAAGCAUGAGAGUGAAGAGGAAGAAUUUCACGAUUCCUUUGACAAAUCGUAUAACUCUACUGAGAAGUCAAUCAUGAACUUAUUGAAUAGUGCAUCCUCACACGAUCUCCAUGAGAACUUAGGUGACACUAUAGAAAAGCCAAUCAAAUCGGAGGUUCAGGACAUCAAGCAAGAACAAGAUGUGCCUGUACACCAGGUCAAAGUCAAAGUUGAAGAAGCUUUACCUAUCAGGAUUAAGGAAGAGAACGAUUUCGGCACUGUUCCCCUUGCUUCUACCGAAUCUUUAGCUCCUCCGGUCAAGAGAGAGAUGGAAGAUGACAGUCCCGUGAGAAGUGAAUUCGAUCAUCACUUUGAAACCGUAGAUGAUAAGGUGAAAACGGUACACAAUUCGGAACAGGCAUCACUGCCUGUUAAGUUAGUCAAGUCAGUUGUUAGAAAUGGCGAUGAAUCUAAAAUGUCUAUCAGAUUCCAAAUGGAUAAGGAUUGGAAAUUGGAAGAUAGCCAUGACGGAGACAGAGAAGAUAACGAUAGUUAUACUAAUAACGAUUUGACCAUUUCAAGUAUCCAUAGCAAGAAAAUCGAUUUCGAAAAGAUGAAAACAGAAAGCUUACUCGAAUCAGAUUCGUCAUCUAUAGAUAUUGACGACAAGCAGGAAGCAAAAGAGGUCAAAUUGAAGACAGAGGAAGAAGAAGAAGCAGAAGAAGAAGAAGAAGAAAAAGAAAAAGAAGAGGAAGAGGUGCCGACUGUCUCAGAUGUAUCUAAUUCUGAACAAGAAACCCUUGAGAAGGGAAUUGAGAAGAAAGAUGUGGACGACUCACACGAUGAGCAAGAAUUCUUGGCCAAUUCCUCAAAUAUUGCACCUCAAGCCGAUAUUACCUUACCUCCAAUAGAAACUAAUACCUUCUCCUCAUUUGAAGAUAUCACAAAUACAAGAAAUGAUUCGUAUGAGGAGUCAUUGUCUGCAGAACAUGAUGUCGAGUCAAGACCUACAAACUUCAUCUCCAUUUGGCAUUCACAAGACAAAGAGAGAGUCCACCCAAUCAAAAGAGCUGACGAGUUUUUCAAGGUUGCUAAAGAAGACCUUAAAGUUGAAGAGCCAAAGGAAACCAAACUUGACAAGUUUAAAUUGCCUCCCUCAUUACAACCCAAGAAGUUCAAGGAAGUUAAUGUUAUGUCAAGAAGAGUAGUGAGUCCCGAGUUUGAUGACUUGAAUGUCACUGACUUCUUGCCUGAAAUUUCUGAAGAUUCUGGUUUUGAAAACCACUUCAAAUUCUUGAAGCAAGGUAACUCAACCAUUAAUUAUUCUGAUGCAGUUGGCAACAGAAAUAGUUUCACUCCUUUGAGUACCAAGAAUGUAUUGACCAAUAUCGAUGACCCUGAUAUCAUUGAACCUCCUUUGCCUUCUACUUCGUUGAGACCAGGAGUUAAAUCUGCCAAUCUUCAACCUCAACAAUUUUCUUCUCAAUUCAAAGUUUCUAGACCAGCUAAUCUUCAGCCUCAUUUCAAAACUAGAAUUAGAAAAUCGAAGUUCAAGGUACCAUCAUUUGAGAUCAAGCGUUCUUCCUCCAUCUUAUCACCUAGGGAUACCUACAAUGAUAUUUUUGAUGAUGUGCUCAAAGAGCCACCAACGAUAAAGGCAAGCGGCAUGAAAACAUUACCAAGUAUGGAUAGAGAUGAUGUGAAAAGAAUAAUGAGCGCCAAGAAGGUCCUCACCCAAGAAGAAUAUUCAAAAGUCAAGCUUGGCCAAUCUUCAAAGAAGCACUCUGUUGUUAACUUGCCCGUUCAGGCAUUCGAUGAAUUGCAACAACAUGCUUCCAUUUGUGAUACUUCAAUGGAUACAAAUCAGGAGGAUGUGUUGCCUCACUUGGCUACUGAGUUAUCUAGAAGACCAGAGGCAUUACUUUCCAAGGAUCAAUUCUUCCACGAUUAUGAUAUCUUUAGUACUCAGUUCCCAGAUCCAGAUCCUGAGCUCAUUGGUUCACCUACUAUUUUCAAGACUCCUCCAAAGGAAUUAACUUACAACAAUGACGAGGAAGAUAUAAGUGAAGAAAUUAAAAUGAAGUAUCAAUUCCUCAACAGCAUGUCUCCAACCAAGAACUUUACUGUAUCGAAGAGCCCCUCAGCUUCGCCAAAAUCUCCAAAGAAGGCUAAUGUUAUCAAGAUUGGUGCUCCUAUGGGAUUGGUUAAAAGAGGAUCUACUGUUGUUGCGGUUACUCCUUCAAGUCCAAAGAAACCGAAGACCUUUAGCGAUGAACUUGAUACUCCAGGUGUACCUGCUAGAGCCGGGUUGGUGAAUAACAAGCUUAGAGAAUUGAAGUUCAAGCCAUCCGAAUCUCAAGCACCUCCUAAGGUUGCAACUUCGCCUUCAAUUUUCAAUGACUCAACCAACAUCAAUAACAACGGACAAGAAACAACUGGUGUGACAUUAGAAACACAAGUUCCAGAACCUGCUGAAACUACUCGGAACACAGCCAGCCCUUCUCAAGAAAGAGGUAAGUUGUUCUUUAGAGUAGUCGGAUUGAAAAACUUGAACCUUCCUGAUAUUGCCAAACACAAUGGUAAGUUUUCUUUAACUUUGGAUAACGGUGUCCAUUCUAUUAGAACUGCAAACUAUAGCCUCAAUAGCACCAGUAUCGUGAUUGGUAAGGAAUUUGAGCUAAUCGUUGGCAGUUCUUUGGAAUUCAUUUUGACGAUGAAGAUCACAUAUGACAAGCCAAAGGGUGGAUACAGAGAAGUCCGGGAACGAAAGGUUGUAAAGUCUGCAAACAGAUUCAGCAGAUUCUUCGGGUCUAAGGAUGUGAUGACAUUAACUAAGGUAGUUCCAGUGGAACCACAUGAUUCUUGGGCCAACAAGUUUGCUCAAGAUGGAUCAUUUGGUAGAUGUUACGUUGACUUGGAUCAAUAUGAAAAGUCAAUCACUUGCAAGGCCCAAAACUUCGAUCUUACCUGUUUCAACGAGUGGGAAACAACCACGAACUCGGAAGGCAAGAUUCAAUCAGUCAAGCCCUACGUUGUGGGAAACCUUGAAGUCAAGAUGCUCUUUGUUCCAAGAACUGACCAGCAUGAAAUAUUACCAACCAGUAUCAAAUCUGCCUAUGAAAGCAUUGAUGACUUGCAAGAUGAGUCAAGUCAAUCUUUCGAAGGCUACUUGUUCCAAGAUGGCGGUGAUUGUGAUACAUGGAAGAGAAGAUUCUUCAAGCUUAAGGGAACUUCUUUGAUUGCGCAUAGUGAGUUCAGUCACAAGACUAGAGCUAAGAUAAACUUGGCUAAGGUGGUCGAAGUGAUCUAUGUUGAUAAGGAGAACAUCCACAAAUCUUCUAUCAACUAUAGAAACUUCAGUGAUGUGAUGUUAUUCGAUAAUGCUUUCAAGAUCAGAUUUGCCAAUGGUGAAAUUAUCGACUUUGGUGCUCAAAACAAAUAUGAGAAGCAGGAGUGGAUUACUACAAUCGAGAGAAUUGUGUACAGAAACAAGUUCCGUCGCCAGCCAUGGGUCAAGGCAAUGUUGAGCGAAUCGCAAUAA